UCCCCCCCCUCUUUUUCCAGCUUGCUUGUUUAUCUCACUAGCUGUUUUAUCAGAGUAACAUCCACUCUGCCUCUGUGCUGAGCACAGUGGGUCCUGCUCUUGGCUGGGGCUUCACCACUACGAGUGACAGACAUGAUUCUCUCCUCACGCCUGUCUCCUCCCUCUCCAGUGCUUGUGAGGUAAGAUUAACAGCUAAAAAACCUCAAACCAACAAUAAAAUCGGUGCAAAUGAAGAACAAGGAAGGAAAGAUCCAGUAUAUGUGAUGUGAAAUAGGUUUGAGCAGUGUUUUUCUCCAGCCCUGCUGACUGAUGAUCUCUCUCAUGUAAAGAGCCUGCAAAGAGACGCUGUCUUCUGCUGCUUCGGGAUCCCAGCAGAAAUGGGAGUCUGAUGGACUGUAAAUGCACCCGCUUGGUUUAAAACCCAGCCAAACAGAUAAGUGCACUUUUAAUUACCUCCAAAUGGUGCUGUAGAUGUAGCUGUGCCCAGCAUCCCUCUGCAGUUUGCUCUCAGUCGCUGAGGCUCUGAGUUUCACCCCUGCCAAUGAAUGCUGUGCAGGUCUCAUUUCAGCUGAGAAACACCAGACCAGAUGGGUAUUCAGCAUUCAGGUGAGCCUUGAAGACCCUUGGGAGACUGUGGCUUCUGAAUGUGGGACAUUUCCCUGUGAUUAGAAGAAAGCCAUGGGGAAAGAGAAGAAAGAAGAGGCAAUCUUCCUGAGGAAAAAGAUAACUCUGCUGAGGGCUUUCUCACUGCUCAUUGGCAGCAUGGUUGGCAGUGGCAUCUUCAUUUCCCCCAAGGGAGUGCUGCAGAACUCUGGCAGUGUGGGAUUCUCCCUGGUUGUCUGGUUCUCCUGUGGGCUCCUCUCCAUGUUUGGUGCCUUGAGUUAUGCAGAGCUUGGAACAAGAAUCACCAAGUCUGGAGGACAUUACAUCUACAUUUUGGAGACUCUAGGGCCUCUGCCAAGCUUCUUAUUCCUGUGGGCAGAGUUUUUUGCUAUCAGGCCUGCCAACAGUGCUGUGGUUUCCCUGGCAUUUGGGCGCUACAUGCUGGAGCCUUUCUUCGCCCCCUGUGCUGCCCCUGUCCCUGCAGUGAAGCUUGUGUCUCUCCUGGGCUACUACAUGGUCCUGACCCUCAACUCCUGGAGUGUCACCUGGAGUGCGCGGCUGCAGACGGCUCUCUCCGUGGUCAAACUCCUGGCUCUGGCACUCAUCAUCGUGCCAGGGAUGAUGCUGCUGGCCCAGGGGCACACCGAGAACUUCCAGGAUGCUUUCGACCGGCAGUCGCUGGUGCUGGACAAGCUCCCCCUGGCUUUCUAUGCAGGCAUGUUCGCCUACUCCGGCUGGUUUCAGACCAGCUUUGUGCGUGAGGAGUUGGUCAAACCUGAACGAAAUAUCCCCCUGGCUGUCAUCGUGUCUGUGAUCACGGUAAUUGUGGGGUACAUGCUCACCAACGUCUCCUAUUACACAGUCCUGGGAACACAAGAUGUUCUGGCUUCUCCUGCCGUGGCUGUGAGCUUUGUGCAGCGAGCCUUCAAAAGCCUCAUCUCCGUGGUCCCUGUCCUUGUUGCACUGUCCUGCUUUGGAACCAUGAAUGGAGGAAUCUUCACAUUUUCAAGGACUCUGUUUGUGGCUUCCAGGGAAGGGCAGUGGCCUCCUCUCUUCUCCAUGAUCCACAUUCGAAGGCACACCCCCCUUCCUGCUGUCAUGCUAAUGUUCCCUUUGGUCACUGCCAUGGUGUGCAUUGGAGACAUUUACCAUCUCCUGAACUUCUUCAGCUUUUCCCGAUGGCUCUUCAUAGGAUUAGCCACCCUGGGGCUCAUCGUGCACCGGCACCGUCACCCGGAGCUGCGCAGCCCCUUCAAGGUUCCCCUGUUUGUUCCUGUCUCUUUUACCAUCAUCUGCCUCUUCACAGUGGCCAUGUCUUUCUACUCAGACCCUGUGAGCAUUAGCAUUGGAUGCACCAUGGUUUUGAGUGGUUUUCCAGUCUACUACCUCAUAAUUCACAGGCAGAUGUCAGCCCGCUGCCGCAACCUCUUCUAUUAUCUUACACACAAACUACAGUUACUGCUGGAAGUUGUCCAACAAGAAAUCAAGACUUACUGAGAAAACCAUCAGGAUUCACAGAAGACAAUAAAAAUCUACUUAGACCAUUUUUGGCAUCUUUGAUCCUACCAAAAGCAGGCCGUGCUUUUAUUCCUUCUAGUCAGUGCAACUGAGGACAACUCUGAGCCAAAACCUUGCUGCAAGUGCUCCUGAACUUGCCAAUCAGGAUCUGUUCCUGCCCUUUUCUUUUUUUUUCAGAGGAGCAAACCAGUUCUCUGAAAUGAGCUUUCUUUGACUGUGGAGUGUCUUUGAAACCAAGAUCCUAAUUUUGCAGCCUGGCACAGUCCUGAGUAAAACUGAGAGUGUGUGUGUAUAGAGACAAUAUUUUGUUUUCCUAGCUUGGCAAGUAGAAGAAGUGGGCAUGUUGCAGAACUUAGAAUCCAAUAUAUGGAAGGCAAAUGCAAGUUUCAAACAGAACCACUGUAGCAGCCUUGUUGUGGACAAGGGGAAGGGUUGGGGAGAACAAAUUAGAGAUAAGGCAGAUGAAUUGGAAAGGGGAAUGCAGGGGGAUAAAACUUUAUUUACCAGAAAGUACAGA